UCAUGUCAUUAGCAUGCCGCACCUUGCUUCGCACAAAGCCCGCAAGAUGCGCUAUCAAGUUUCAUUUGCAUGCGAAGGAAAGAUGGAGUUGUGUGUUGUGUUGCUCGCUCUUUGCGGAGUCUCUGCCAUCUCGGCAGCAAGCCUGGCGUCCGAGUACAACCACUUUGCCGCCUUGGACGAUAACCAAUGGAUGAAGCUGUACUGGAGCAUUAAUCACAAUGCCAAGACCAUCUCCUUCGCCCUGGAAGCGGAAACCACAGGAUGGGUCGGCUUCGGGAUCUCGUCCGGGUCUGGGAUGAUGAAGGGGGCUGACAUCGUGAUCGGGUGGGUCAAGGAUGGAAAGGCCUUUCUUACGGAUCGUUAUGCUGACGGCGAAUACAUGCCCAAGAUCGACGAUCAUAACGACUACAAAUUAAUCAGCGGAACCGAGGAGAACGGAAAGACCAUCCUCAAGUUUAGCAGGAAGAUUGACACGUGCGACCCACGUGAUCGUAAGAUCAAGAUUGGGACCACCAAAGUUAUCUGGGCGCUUGAUUACGAGGAUCCACAGUCGGAGAACGACAUGAGAAAGCACCGAUUCCGCGGCUCGCGCAGUGUACUUAUGCUCAACUCUCAAGGCAACAGCAACCCCCCGGACCCGGCGUGGAGCCACUUUGAUAUUCUCAUGAACAAUUACAGUGUCCCGGCCAGACACACCACAUACUCCUGUCACGUGUUCACCAUCCCAAAGUUCACCAAGAAACACCACAUCGUGCGGUUCGACCCCGUUGUCCAGUCGGAAAACGCUGGUAUUGUGCAUCACUUCAUUGUCAUGGCGUGCGAUAAGGAUUUCCCUGAACAUCUCUCUAAUGAUACCAGCGAGUGUACGGACGAGGCUAACAUGCCUGCAGAAGUUCUGAAGUGCCGCGGACGGGGUGUCUUAGUAGGAGCCUGGGGCGUAGGGGGAGGGCCCUUCGUUUACCCUGACCACGUGGGGUCCCCGCUUGGACUGGAUUUCCAGGGACGAUACUUUGUGAUGGAAGUGCACUACAACAAUCCUGAUAAGCUGGCAGGUAAGAUAGAUAAUUCAGGAGUGAGAUUCUUCUACACGGACUCUCUGCGCAAGUAUGAUGCUGGAGUACUGAAUGUCGGAGCUUCUGUGACACCAUGGAUGCUCAUCCCGCCAAAACAAAAAGAGUGGACCACGACCACUUACUGCAACAAGAGAUGCAAUGAAAAUGCUCUGAUGAACUCCAGUCUUCCCGAAAAAGGAAUCAAGUUUUUCUCUGCUUUCUUGCACACUCAUUUGGCCGGCCGGGCGACCUGGACCAAGCAUGUGAGGAAUGGUGUCGAAUUGCCUGAGAUUGCACGUGACGACAACUACGAUUUCAACUUUCAGGAUAUCCAGUUUUUGAACAAAGAAGUCCAUUUCUUGCCGGGUGAUGAGCUGAUCCACGAGUGUGUCUACAACACCAUGGACCGCACCGGGGUGACUUUUGGCGGUGAAGCUACGAAUGAUGAGAUGUGCCUAAACUUCAUGUUCUAUUACCCGUUCAUCCCGGAGAUGUCUCGAGUUUGUGGCGUGGUCGACCUCAAGGCUGCUAUUAACAUCGUGGACAAAUACUACCCUGAGCUGUCUGAAAACGUAACGAAAUCGACGAAUAACAAAUUCCACGUCAACCCGAUACGAAGCAGCAAAAAGAGCUGGACUUCUGAGAUGACUGAGGCGUACUCAAAGAGUAUCAAGGAAUCGACGGGGGAGUUUUCCGUGUGGUGCACAAAACGCACGAAAAACGACACUCUCCGUGACCUGAUAAAACCACAGUACAUGACGCCGAAAGUAAAGAUCACCACUCCAUGGAAAGCCCCGGAUGAUGGCUGUACUGACGUCAAUUCUUCUGCCACGACAGCGAGGCUCCAGCUCGUGGUGGCUUGGGUUCUAGUCCUCCUAGUUGCCAUAGCGCUCUAGUUAUCCCGUGUUUUGCUAGGCCUGUCCAAACAAUAGACUUGUUGUCGUAAAAGUAUACUUGCAUGCCAUUUGUAUGUUUUAGAACCAGGCUCUAUUAAAAGCCUCAAGCCUAUUGCUUUUAGGAUUUUAUGUUUUAUUUUGUAUUUUUCUCGGUAAGACAUUUAAAAAAUCAAAGGCUCUGUUGUUGUAUCACCCAUUAAUGUAAGAACAUAUCUCCCAUAAAUGUAAUAAUUCUGACCCUAUAGAAACGUAAGACAUCCAAA